AUGGCUGAUUACACUUUGCACAGAGUUGGCACGACAACUUCGAAUUUUGAUCUUGAAAUUAACGACGGGAUACGCAACGAAGCAUUAGUUCUGAUCGAAGACAUGUGCGUGCUCAUGUGUGGCAGUAUGUUGACAACAUUGGGAAUGCCAGCGCCAAAUCGUUCGACGCACGAUGCAUUAAAUCGUGAAUUGCAUCGGGAGAAAGACUAUGAUCGAGAUGAGCCAGUUGAAAGAGUCCGAACAAAUGUGUACUGGAUUUGCCGUCCUGCAGUUGAAGGGUUUUCGACGAGUCGCCGCCCGCGAACAGGCACGCUGAAUCCGCAACCGUGGGCUCUUCUCGGAAGUCGUCGAAUGUGCUAA